CUUUCACCUUUUAUACUUUUUUGUUUCUCUGUUCUUUUGCUUUGGUGAGGAGCACUGAGCAACCACUUGCUUUCCUUUCCUCCAAACAGAGACAUGACAGGAAAUCAAGAUAGGGUUUUUUUUUUGUUAUGAUAGAGUGAAAAUUAAAAGAAGAAGAAGAGAAAAUCAUGAUAAUGGAAUGGGAAGGUGAAGAACGUCAUCAAGAGAAUCAAACCCAGAGAGAUAUGGUGAACGUAAAUGUGAAAAAUGGAGGAGUAAUGUAUGUCAAAGUGAUGACGGAUGAGCAGUUGGAGACUCUCAGGAACCAAAUUGCUGUUUAUGCCUCCAUUUGCGAGCAGCUCGUUGAGAUGCAUAAGAAUCUCACCGCCCAGCAAGAUCUUGCAGGUGGUAGGCUGGGAAACCUGUAUUGCGACCCUUUAAUGGCAUCUGCAGGGCACAAAAUUACGGCUAGACAGCGGUGGACACCGACUCCGGUGCAGCUCCAGAUUCUGGAAUGUAUAUUCGAACAGGGGACUGGAACUCCGAGCAAACAAAAGAUCAAGGAGAUAACCUCGGAGCUGAGCCAGCAUGGCCAAAUUUCCGAAAUGAAUGUCUAUAAUUGGUUCCAAAACAGACGGGCUCGGUCCAAGAGGAAGCAACUGGGAUCAUCAUCCAACAAUGCUGAAUCAGAACAAGAGACGGAAGUCGAGUCAGCGAAUGAAAAGAAGACGACAAAGCCCGAGAAUCAUCUGUCUCAGCAGAACCCUGCACCAAGAGCUGAAGAUCUGUGCUUCCAGAACCCUGAGAUGUCCCCCGAAUUGCAUUUCUUGAGUAUCAUGUCCAAUCCAAAUGUAUACAGUGAAGACCCUAAUGAUGCAGGAGAUGAACAUCUGUCCGGAAAAUGGAAAUGCCGGCAAGUUACGACAUUUACGACCAGGCAGAAGACUACGGCAUGGCAGGAUGAGACAUGAGAUUCAGGUUGCGCAAACAUGCCAUCUCAGACUCUGUUCGGUGGGCUAGGGUCGACUGUGGAGAUGAAGAAUUUGGUUUAAUCGUGGAACAAUAGCAUGCUUAACAUAGUAAAGCUAAUACUUCUAGUUUGAACAUGGGAUGAGCCAGUUAAGCUGGAAAUAGACAUCUUUCUAUGAUUUCUGUAGUGUGCCAUUGUGUUUCGUCUUUGUCUUUUUGUUAAUAGAAGGAACCCCAUGAAUGUUUUGGCGAGUUCUUCAUUGAAACUAGGAUCAUGCUUGAUUUUUCCGUAGGUGAUGUUCUUCGGUCUGAGUUUGAUAGUUAAAGUUU